AUGGAAAAUGCUGCUGAUUAUGAUGUAGACAAAGAUAUGGGAGAUGAGGAUCCUGAUGAAAAUAACAUUGAUAAAAGCAAAUAUAGAUUGGUUUGUUGGUGUUUAAGUGAGAGAGGAGCAGUGGGUGAAACUAUUUUACAUUUAUGUAUGCUGAAUGCAACUGCCAUUCAUGCCGAUUUGGCAAAACGUCUUUUACGCUUCUACCCGAAUCUUAUAAACGAUAUUUAUAUUAGUGACGAAUAUUACGGAGAAAAUGUAUUGCAUAUUGCUAUAGUGAAUGAGGAUCCAGCAAUGGUGAAAUUUCUUCUUGAUAGUGGGGCUGAUGUUCACGAACGAUGUUUUGGAAAUUUUAUGUGUCCUGAAGAUCAAAAAGCUUCCCGAUACGAUAGUGUGGAACACGAGUGGGUUAGCGUUGCACCAGAAACUAAUUACGAUGGAUACGUUUAUUGGGGUGAAUACCCACUGAGUUUUGCUGCCUGUUUGGGCCAAGAAGAAUGUUAUCGAUUGAUGUUAGCCAGAGGCGCAGAUCCUGACAAACAAGACACAAAUGGAAAUACAGUGCUUCAUAUGCUUGUAAUUUACCAAAAGCAGGCAACUUUCGAUAUGGCUUAUGAAGUAGGUGCUUCACUUUCUGUAAGGAAUAAUCAGCAUUUAACGCCUUUGACAUUAUCAGCCAAAUUGGCAAGGAUCGAGAUGUUCUUCCAUAUUCUCAAUAUCGAGAGAGAAAUUUAUUGGCAAAUUGGCAGCAUUACCUGUGCUGCUUAUCCUCUUUCCCAAGUCGAUACAAUUGACGUUAACACUGGGAAAAUUAGCAACAAUUCUGCCUUAAAUCUGGUCGUCUUUGGUGAUAAAGACGAACAUCUGGAACUGAUGGAUGGAGUUCUAGUUGAUCUUCUAAAUGCAAAAUGGAACACUUUUGUAAAAUCUAGAUUCUAUCGACAGUUCUUCCUCUUCUGUUUCUACUUUAUUUUAUCUCUCAUUAGCUUCACUCUCCGACCUGGACCAUUUUUAAAGGAUAAUCAGGGAUCAGAAACAACAAUUAGCCCAAGUUUGAAUGCAACUGAUCGCUCUACAACUGCUUUAAUUGAUUCCUGGGGAGCUUCACAACUUUCUUCGAUAAUUACAAAGAAUUUAGCAGAGCAUUUACUAUUUAAAUCCGCAAUACUGGGCAGUGGCAAAAAUUCUGGAUUUAUUAGCAAUCAGAAUUUCACGACACCUAAUUAUUUUUCUGAUACCACCUCUAGUAAAGAGGAAUUAAAUGUGACGAAAUUGUGCACUGGUGAUGGUUGUGACGGAGAUGAUGAUGACUGGUGGGAAGAUCUUGCAGAGGAAUGUCGACUUAUGCAGAUUACGAGUUCAACGGCAAAAAUUCGUUUGACAGCCGAAAUUUGUAUGGAAAUAGGAGCAAUCCUCUACAUAGCUGCUGCUCUUAGAGAAGCUAGAUUUCUCGGUCUCAAUAUGUUCAUCGAAAAUCUUAUGACGGCUCCCUCUCGAGUGAUGUUUCUUUUCUCUUGCUGUAUUUUACUCUCAUUUCCAUUUUUGAGGAUUGCUUGUGAGGACGAAGUUGAGGACAUGCUUGCUGUCGUUGUCAUGCUGACAACAGCCCCAUAUUUUCUAUUUUUCUGCAGAGGAUUCAAAACUGUAGGUCCUUUCGUGGUGAUGAUUUAUAGAAUGAUUAUGGGAGAUUUACUGAGAUUUGUCUCAAUAUAUCUUGUCUUCGUUAUGGGCUUUUCGCAAGCUUAUUAUAUAAUAUUUUUAUCCUUUGACAAUCCAAAUACACCGGAAGGUGUAGAUGAUUCGGUUACAAACCCAAUGCCAUCGCCAAUGGAAAGCAUAAUGGCAAUGUUUUUAAUGAGCAUGACGAAUUUUGGUGAUUAUUAUGUGGCUUAUGAAAGAACAGAGCAUGAAAUGGAGGCUAAGAUGCUUUUCGUUUUGUAUAUGGCAAUUGUUGCAAUCCUAUUAGUCAACAUGCUGAUUGCCAUGAUGGGAAAUACUUAUCAAAAAAUUGCAGAAACAAGAAAUGAAUGGCAAAGACAGUGGGCCAGAAUCGUGUUGGUAGUCGAGAGAGGAGUCAGUCCCGCAGAGAGAUUAAAAAAAUUAAUGGAUUAUUCACAACCAAUGUCCGACGGACGAAGAGCUUUAGUGUUAAGGCUAAAUCAGUCGGAAGAAGAUAAGGAGGAAAUGAAAGAAAUUCUUGAAAUGAAAAGAACUCAUGACAAGUUAGUGAAAAGGAAGAAAGAUAAGCUUCAAAUGUUGAAAAAAGAAAGGGCCGAAAAAGCAAAGGCGGACACAAUCAUGAUGAUGAACAAGGAGUAAGAACUGGUGGUUAUAUGGAAAAUUUUAAAUUAU